AGCCGCGCUGAGGUCACAGGGAGGCGGGGGCGUCCGAGCCGAGCGCCUGCGCCGAGCCCGGCCGGCCGGAGCCCGAGGCCCGCGAGCGGGGAGACGCAGGCCGGCAUGGAGGAGUGCCGGGUGCUCUCCAUCCAGAGCCACGUCGUCCGCGGCUACGUGGGCAACCGGGCGGCCACGUUCCCGCUGCAGGUUUUGGGGUUUGAGAUCGAUGCCGUGAACUCUGUCCAGUUUUCAAACCACACAGGUGAGAUGCGGGCGCAGCUGAGUGUGGGCGUGAGGAGCAGCCCUUCAGAAGUCUGGGGGUCCCCCCAACUGAUGGAUGGGGAAGAGGCACCGGAAAUGGCGUCCCUCCGCAGAGGCCGCCCCAUGCACGAGGGUAGAGGGCGGAGGGCGGGGGUCAGCCGGUCUGCAGGUGUGGACUGCCGCGUCCGAGUCUCAGCUCAGUGGCUUUGGACCAGCUUCCCCAGGCAGGUGGUGCUCCACUCCCUUCCUGUGACCCUGUGGCUGCGUGGAGGGCCCCCCAUGCUGCAGUGCCUGGAGGAGCACGUGGGCAUCUCAGUGCACGGGGACACCAAGGCUUUCUGGGCAGCUCUCUCGGCCACCUGCAGCGGGAAGGGCCUGCUGCACGAGCCCUGCGUGACUCGGGGAGCACGGCCGUCCCGACUCGUGGGUGUCCUUGUCCAGCGGCGGGCCGCUCAGGCCGUCCGGCGAAGGCCUCCCUGGUUUGUCAUUUCCACCAUGUGGUCCUACAGUGUGCUGGCCCCGAGAGUUCGGCCACGACGGGUUCGACGGCGCUGCUUUCUCCUGUUGCCGAGGUCAGUGAUGGAGUCUGAUCACCCCACAGGGUACACGAGGGACAAGUCCUUCCUGGCGAUGGUGGUGGACAUCGUGAAGGAGCUGAAGCAGCAGAACUCUCGGCUGGUGUACGUGUGUGACCCGGUGAUGGGUGACAAGAGGGACGGCGAAGGCGCUAUGUACGUCCCCGAGGAUCUCCUGCCUGUUUACAAGGACAAGGUGGUGCCGGUGGCAGACAUCAUUACUCCCAACCAGUUCGAGGCUGAGUUACUGAGUGGCAGAAAGAUCCGCACCCAGGAGGAAGCAUUAGCGGUCAUGGACAUGCUGCAUGCCAUGGGCCCUGACACCGUGGUCAUCACCAGCUCCGACCUGCCCUCCCCACGGGGCGGCGACUAUCUGAUCGCACUGGGGAGCCAGAGGACGCGCCACCCCGACGGCUCCGUGGUGACAGAGCGCAUCCGCAUGGAGAUGCUCAAGGUGGACGCCGUCUUCGUGGGCACUGGGGACCUCUUCGCCGCCAUGCUCCUGGCGUGGACACACAAGCACCCCAACAAUCUCAAGGUGGCCUGUGAGAAGACGGUGUCGGCCAUGCACCACGUUCUGCAGCGGACCAUCAAGUGUGCGAAAGCCCAGGCUGGGGAAGGACAGAGGCCCAGCCCGGCCCAGCUGGAGCUGAGGAUGGUCCAGAGCAAGGCGGACAUCGAGAACCCAGAGAUCGUCGUGCAGGCCACCGUGCUGUGAGGGCCUCGCGUGCCGCCCGACGCCCAGCGCGCCAGCGCCUCCGUCUUCGUCCCUGUGGAAAAUAUAACGUCUGCCUUAGAGCUGUGGCCGAAA